CACCUACGAAUCCUCCUAUUACUAUUCAGCCCAACUUUCAGGUCUCGUUCACAAUGCAGUCGCAAACAAGCACAUCUACUACCGGGGAGAGGUCCACCCAGUCUCCUCAGUUGUCACAUGUUCCUACGCCUCCAGCAGGUGUUCCUCCGGUCGUUGAUGUGCAGCCAGUCGAAGCAGAUAUGACUCCUCGGUGUGUUUACUUCAAACUCUCUCGUACAUACCUAAUGUACUGCAGCUCCUCUUUAUCCACCAUACGCCCGACUCUCCCAAUGACGGGUUCUGUGUGGAGGAACUCCACUGCUGACCAACGUGUUGGUCCGAAACAAUCCGUGUCUUCGGAAGAUAUAAUCGAGCAGUAUUCAGUAAGUGACAUCCAACAAUACCUAACUCGCUAGCCAGCUCCCUCUAACACGUUUCUUAGCGAGUGCCGGAAAUGAGCGGCGGCUCUGGCGAGGCGAACGACAGCGAGCAGGAGCCUGCUCCCUCCAAAUUGUCGACGUCUAAGAUAUCAAGCACGUUUAGCAUGAGGAAGAGUCUACGCCGCACCAAGAGCCGUGUGCAAAGAGCGCUUCAAUCCAAACAAGAGCGCGAAGAAACCGCCGCUGAGAAGACAAAUCGCAUGUGGCAGGAGUGGCAGGAGUUUGUCGGGGUGUACCUCCGACUGGAUGUAUCUACUCCGUUUUCGUCUGGGGUUUAUAAGGAGGCAAAUAACCGAUUCGUUGUGCCUGGAAUGGAGCCGCAGUACCCAGCAGAGACAACGCCAACUCCUUCUAUUCGUUAUGGGCUAGUGUUACAAGGCACUGAGCAUGGAGACCUCUACAACAGGUACUGGACGAUUGGUGAUCGGUUUUCUGGGUCUCGGGACUCGCUGUCGGACGGGGCUCCAUCAGUCAAGGCGCCAUCAACUACAAGAGCCGAACUAGGCCGACAACUUCCAGUGGUUGAUUCAUCACCGUCUACUGGCGUAGAUCAGAACUCGCCAAUCUGCAAUCCGCCACAGGUUCCUGAAUCAUCAACAGCCGAAAUCUCGACUGCUUCUGUCGUUGAUGAAUCUCAGAUACACGAGAACCGUAAAGACUCGUUUGUUCCUCCGUCAGCGAAACCUUGUCAGUCGAUGGCAGCUUAUGCCCCAUGAGAUCAGAAGCAAAGGCAGUUAGAGUCGAGCCACACUACCAUGCACUGAUUCAGUACACGCAAGAUCUGUACGGAUCUGUGAUUAGUCUAAACAGAGAUCUGUCAAUUUGAUACUGCGCCGUUGUUCAAAGGAGGACGGUGCACAC